AUGUUUCGCAGUUGGAAGGACUUUUCCGCAUCAUUCUUCAAAAUCUACAUUUUCGAAUAUUUUGUGAAUAUUGUGACAUUUCUCAAUUCGUUUGUCACAUUGCGAUUGCCUCAAAAUACGUGUUCGAGUUGCUUAUUUGCCCCAUGGUUUAAUAGGCUCAAUUCCGAGAUGGAUGAUAUUUCAAUACUUCUGAAUAUCUGCCAUAACCUUCAUAUUUCCUUGGCAUAUGUGCAAUAUUCAAUUAUAUUUAUAUUUUCGAUUAAUCGAUUCACUAUGAUAUUCUCUUACAGUUCAUAUGAAAAAGAUCGGACUCGCAUUAAAUCGAAUCUAUCCGUGUUCAUAUUUGUUGUGACUCUGAUCACAUUAUGGUGUAACAUCGUCGCAUUUCUUCGAUUGACAAUGAUUUCUGCGAAAAUCUCCGUGGCCGAACGGAAUCUCCUUUUCGCGAGUUUUGCCACUUUUCUAAUCCAGCUUUCCGCUGGGGCCAACGCUAUGGCAUUCGCAUUUCUGGUGGAUGAAUCAAAUAUGAACACAUUUUGGGGAGAACUACCUCAAAUAUUGAAGCCUUAUGUCAGUGAUGCUCUAACGCUAUGCCAACCUUGGACUUUGCUCAUUUUCAGCAAAAAGAAUCUUCUAACAUUUCUCAAUUCGUUUAUAACAUUGCGAAUUCCACAAUAUACCUGUAAAGAAUGCUAUUUCUCCACAAUAUUCAAAAUAUUUAAUGCACAAAUGGAGCACCGAGUUAUUUUGAUAAAUAUUUGUCAUACUCUUCACAUCCAUAUGGCCUAUGUGCAAUAUGGAACGAUUCUAUUAGCCGCCAUUAAUCGAUUCACCAUGAUUUUUUGGUUUCGCUCAUAUGAAGCAGAACUCACAAAAAUCCUAUCCGAUCUUCUUAUAUUCAUUUUUGUUGUUACUUUAUUCACAGCGAUGUUCAAUGUGGCGGCAUUGAUCAAGUUUGCAAUGUUUCCCGUCAAAAUUACGGCGAUUGAGAAAAAUCUUUUGUAUACGAGCUUCUCGACAUUUGUGAUUCAAUUUUUUGCCGGCACGAAUACGCUCGCUCUCACUUAUUUGGUGACCGAUUCGAAUUUGAAUACGUUUUGGGGAAAACUUCCCCAGCAACUGUCUCCGUAUGUUAGCGAUGCUCUCACAUUAUGCCAACCUUGGGCAUUGCUGAUUUUUAGUCCCAAGAAUCUUCUGACAUUUCUCAACUCAUUUGUGACGCUGAGAAUCCCACAAAACACUUGCAAAGAGUGUUUAUUCGCGCCGGUGUUCGAUCGAUAUCCCGAGUCGAUGGAAGACGUUUCGAUCGUUCUCAAUGUCUGCCAUACUUUGCAUGUUCACAUGGCUUAUGUCCAAUAUUUGAUGACAUUUUUAACCGCGUUAAAUCGAUUCACUAUGAUCUACUCAUUCCAUUCGUCCGUUAUCUCUUCGUGCGAUUAUAUUUGUCAUGUUUCGAUCGAAGUACAAGCAUUAUUCAAGUAG